ACGGUCAGAUCAAGUCGAGAGAAUAUGAGUGGCACAGAUGAGUCGAUGCCGGAAGGCGUACAUCACUACGACGAGUCAUCAGAAAUGCCCGAGAACAUCCAAAAGUACUGGCAUCAACGCUACGACAUAUGGUCUCGUUAUGAUGAAGGUAUCUGGAUGACCGACGAUGUCUGGUUCGGUGUAACCCCCGAGCCGAUAGCCAAGUACAUAUUCCCUUCCCACUUUUCUGGAGCUCUGAACAUUGACACUGCUUACAGUCGUAUAGCUGAUCAUAUCAAGACUGGCGGGCCAGAAUCAAAGUCUAUCAUAAUAGAUGCAUUUGCUGGUGCCGGUGGCAACGCCAUCGCCUUCGCCCUCUCUGGUCGCUUCAAACAGGUCUUUGCCAUCGAGAAAGACCCUGCAACCCUUGCAUGUGCACGCCAUAACGCUGAGGUAUACGGUGUAGCAUCCAAGAUUUGGUGGAUCGAGGGCGACUGCUUUGACGUCCUCAAGAAGCGGCUGAAGUCGUUGGCCAAGGAUGCCAUCGUGUUCGCCAGUCCUCAGUACAGCGAUGAUAACAUUUUCGAUCUCAGCACUAUGCAACCCUACAACCUCAAACACAUCUACGACAAAUUCUCAGCCUAUGUCCCGGAUUUCGUGCUCUUCUUGCCCCGAAGCUCCGAUCUGAAUCAGCUGGCCAAGUAUGCUCCCGAUGAUAAGAAACUUGAAGUCGUACACUACUGCACGAAUGGGUCAAGCAAGGUGAGCCGCGAGAAGCCGUUGCUACAUAGUACUCGACUGACCUUUCUANNGGCUCUCUGCGCCUACUUUGGCGAGUUCAAGUUUCAAUGA